GCGAGCCCAGAUGCGCUCCGGGAUGAGACGAGCAAAGGAAGUGAGGAGGAAGCUUCUCAUUGUACUGUAAGCUCAAAAGUGUGCGCCAACUUUUCCCUCUCAACUUCAGUGCUCGCUGUUUUUUUCUUUUCUAUUCGUUUCCGAUUCUCGCUGAGGUCCGUGAAGUAGUCGCUGUUUUCAACGCUGUGUGUUGCAAAAAAAAAGAUCAGCAACAAACACACUCUUUUUCCUUCUUCUUCUUUUUUUGCCAAAAUAUAAUUACGCAAAAUGAUUAACAUAAUCGCGGAGUUCUUCGUGGUCAUCCUGAAGGUGAUCUGGGCUUUUGUGACAGCUGGGGCUAAGUGGGUGGUGCGGCCGAAGGAGAAGAGCGUGGCCGGACAGGUGUGCGUGAUCACCGGGGCUGGAAGUGGUCUCGGGCGGCUCUUCGCGAAGGAGUUCGCCCGGCGGAGAGCUGUCCUGGUGCUUUGGGACAUAAAUAGCCAAAGCAACGAAGAAACUGCGGAUAUGGUGCGUCAGAUUUAUCACGAAUCGGACACGCCGACCUCCAAAGACGGUGGUGUCGAAGAAGUGCCUCCCUUUCAGCCCCAAGUGUACACUUAUGUGUGCGACGUGGGCAAGCACGAGAGCGUCUACUCCACGGCCGAGAAGGUGCGUCGAGAGGUGGGCGAGGUGGACAUACUCGUCAACAACGCUGGCGUGGUGUCAGGCCAUCACCUCCUGGAGUGCCCCGAUGAGCUGAUCGAGCGUACCAUGGUGGUCAACUGCCACGCACACUUCUGGACCACCAAGGCGUUUCUCCCCAAGAUGCUGGAGCUGAACCACGGCCAUAUUGUGACGGUUGCCAGCUCCCUUGGUUUGUUCAGCACAGCUGGAGUGGAGGAUUACUGCGCCAGCAAGUUCGGGGCCAUCGGCUUCCACGAGUCGCUGAGCCAUGAGCUGAAGGCCUCUGAGAAGGACGGAAUUAACAUGACCCUGGUGUGCCCUUACCUAGUGGACACAGGCAUGUUCAAAGGCUGCAGGAUAAGGAAGGAAAUCGAACCAUUCCUGCCUCCCCUGAAGCCCGAGUUCUGCGUCAAACAGGCCAUGCGCGCCAUCCUCACGGACCAGCCCAUGAUCUGCACGCCUCGCAUCGUCUAUAUGGUGAACUUCAUGAAAAGCAUCCUGCCCUUCGAAGCCAUCGUGUGCAUGUACCGCUUCCUCGGCGCAGAUAAGUGCAUGUAUCCCUUCCUGGCACAGCGGAAGGAGGCCAUGAACAACAACGAAGCCAAAAAUGGGAUCUAGGUGGAAAGACGAGGGGGGGUCAUCGCCGUCUGCAACACGAACAGGGGGCACAUAAUCCUGCAAGCAUGAGGAGGAGAAGACCACUGUGGAAGGAAGAAGGGAGGGGGAGAAAAGGCGGAAAGACUGAAUGUGGACUGGUGCACUUGCAUUGAGCAAAUGCAAAGGUUUACCAUAUUGUUCCUCUGGGACAAAGAAAGCUGUGUACUACACGAUGGAGUUAUUGUUUUUGUGUUUUUUUUAAGAGGUAUCUAUAAACUGUGUCACUAGUUUUGAAAUCGUACAAAAACGGUAUCCAAUAAUUAACUAUUUAGUCACCAGCAUAUCUAGCGUCAUUGUGGAAAUGUACAGUAUGUUACUGUACAAACAGUAAAAAAAACAAAACUUCACUUUUUCUUUUUUUAGUAGACAUGCACUGUAAUUUUCUAAUAUUUCUCUACAAGUUACAAACAUAUUUAAACGAGUCAAUCACUUCUCAUAAGGAUAUGUUAUCACAGCAUUAAUAGGAUAUUUUUCUACAUGUUUUUCCCACCCUGUCAUGUCAAAGAAGUAACUGUCCUGUCACUUUGUCCCCUUGUGUUGUAAAAAAAAAUUUGUGAGUCACCCGUUAACACAAAUGACUGUUCCCUGUGUGAAGAAUGGGGGUUGACAAUGUUUUCAAAGUUCAAUGACAUUCCAAUAGGCGUCAUUUCUUCAGUCAAUGAGCCUAAAUUCUCUACCUCUUAUUGUUUUGUUUUUUAUCACAGUAUACUUGUCGUUUUCUGAAGACUGCUCCAUAGCACAGUAAAGUGUCAUUCUGAUGUUUAGUGUCUCUACUUAACUUAAAUUAAUAAAGUGAUUUAGAUUAUUA